AUGGCAUCCUCCUCGCUCAACUACCCACUCCUCUCCAUCCCCGCCUACUACCUCUUCUCCCUGAUCCCACACAUGUACGCCGGCAGCAUUCUAUCUGCGAACGGCUACAAAGUGAACAACGCAAACCCCAAAGCGUCGCUCUCUCCCGACGCAGUCAAGGGCAAGGUCCCCGACGCCGUGUUCCAGAAGUACCAGCGGGCGGAGAACGCGCAGAGCAACAAUAUGGAACAGCUGCCGCUGUACGCUGCGGCGGUGCUGGCGAGUAUUGUUGCUGAGCGAGUUACGGCCAAGGGGUUGGGUAAUGCGGUGGUGGACGGCGAUGUGACGGGGCUGACGACGUUUGUUGCCGCGUUUAUGGCUGUUCGAGCUGCGUAUGUUGUGUCGUAUGUUCAAAUUGCGGACCACGGUAAGAGCUUCAUCCGUAGCUCGUUCUGGGCCAUUGGCGCUGGGCUGUCGAGCUACCAGAUCUACAAGGCGGCAUCGCUACUUGGUUGA